GCGGCGGAGCGGAGCCGGGUCGAGCUGAGGGGAGCGGAGCUGAGGCGAGAUGAACGCGGUGCUGGCGGUCAAGCAGUAUGUGUCCAAGAUGAUCGAGGACAGCGGGCCGGGCAUGAAGGUGCUGCUGAUGGACCGGGAGACGACCGGCAUCGUCAGCAUGGUGUACACGCAGUCGGAGAUCCUGCAGAAGGAGGUGUACCUCUUCGAGCGCCUCGACUCCGUGAACAGGGAGGCCAUGAAGCACCUGAAGGCCAUUUGCUUCCUGCGGCCCACCAAGGAGAACGUGGAGUUCCUCAUUCAGGAGCUGCGGAGGCCGAAGUACAGCAUCUAUUUUAUUUAUUUCAGUAACGUGAUCAGUAAGAGCGAUGUCAAGUCAUUGGCUGAGGCUGAUGAACAGGAAGUUGUGGCUGAAGUUCAGGAGUUCUACGGCGAUUACAUUGCAGUGAAUCCACACGUUUUUUCUCUCAACCUCUUGGGCUGCUGCCAGGGUCGCAGCUGGGAUCCGGCUCAGCUGUCCAGGACAACCCAGGGGCUGACUGCUCUGCUUUUGUCUCUGAAGAAAUGCCCCAUGAUUCGGUACCAGCUCUCUUCUGAGUCGGCGAAGAGGCUUGCUGAGUGUGUGAAGCAAGUAAUCACUAAAGAGUAUGAGCUGUUUGACUUUCGGCGCACUGAGGUCCCUCCUUUACUUCUCAUUCUGGACCGGUCUGACGAUGCCAUCACCCCACUUCUGAACCAGUGGACGUACCAAGCUAUGGUUCACGAGCUGCUGGGGAUUAACAACAACCGCAUCGACCUCUCUCGGGUACCAGGGAUAAGCAAGGAUCUCCGGGAGGUCGUUCUGUCUGCCGAGAACGACGAGUUCUACGCCAAUAACAUGUACCUGAACUUCGCAGAGAUUGGCAGUAACAUCAAGAAUCUUAUGGAGGAUUUCCAGAGGAGGAAACCUAAGGAGCAGCAGAAGCUGGAAUCCAUAGCAGAUAUGAAGGCGUUUGUGGAGAAUUACCCGCAGUUCAAGAAGAUGUCGGGCACGGUGUCGAAGCAUGUGACGGUAGUGGGAGAGCUCUCUCGACUGGUUGGUGAGCGGAACCUGCUCGAGGUCUCUGAAGUGGAGCAGGAACUGGCCUGCCAGAAUGACCACUCCAACGCUCUCCAGAACGUGCGGCGCCUCUUGCAGAACCCCAAGGUGACGGAGUUGGACGCUGCCCGGCUGGUGAUGCUCUAUGCCCUGCACUACGAGCGGCACAGCAGCAAUAGCCUGCCAGGGCUGGUGACAGAUCUCAAGAACAGGGGUGUGUCAGAGAAGUACCGGAAGCUGGUGUCUGCCGUUGUGGAGUAUGGAGGGAAACGGAUCCGGGGCAGUGACCUGUUCAGUCCCAAGGAUGCUGUAGCCAUCACCAAACAGUUCCUCAAAGGACUGAAGGGUGUUGAGAAUGUGUAUACGCAACACCAGCCUCUGCUUCACGAAACACUAGAUCAGCUCAUCAAAGGAAAACUCAAGGACAGCCAGUACCCCUACCUGGGUCCCAACACUCUCCGUGACAGGCCCCAAGAUAUUAUCGUGUUCAUCAUCGGCGGGGCGACGUACGAAGAGGCUCUGACUGUCUAUAACCUUAACCGCACCAACCCGGGCGUGCGGAUCGUCCUGGGUGGGACCACGAUCCACAACACGAAAAGCAGGAAGCCUGGUGAAAUCUAAGUCCUGGGCGAGAACCUGGCGUUGUCCAGCAGCUGCUCCGAGCUGGGGAGGGAGGAGAACUUCGGUGUUACCACGUCGAAACGCAGACCAAAUGCAACAGGAAGCACAAGUUCUGUUUCUCAGCGUUUGGGAUGAAAUUUCCAGAGCUGAUGAGCAGCUUUGGGGUGCCUCAGCAGUCUCCUGGAGUUCAGGAAGAACACGCUGUUAACCGCGCAGGCGCGGUGUGUCAGGAGUUCAGCUGUCAGGCGCUUCGUUGAUCUCGGUUACUGACAGGUGGGCUCCAGUGUAGGGAGCGGCCUAAAAAACGGCUCGCUUUUCAGACCGAUGCUGCUGCAUCGGACUCCAGUGUGAUAGUUAUAAAAUCCCUGCACUUUUGCCCUUCCUCGUGCCUGUAAGGGAUCUUCAGGCUCCAAAGCCGCCCGCACAGAAGCAGUAACAACUCUCUCACAAGGAAAUCCAGCGGUUCCUAUCGUCACGGGCUCAGAAAAAAAAGGCCCAAACCCUCCAAAUUCCGCGUGCCCGCUCUGAAAUUUGGCCCUGACUUUAGCUUAAUGUCGGAUGAUUGGAAAGCUGAACUGGUGCUAGCCCAGAAGUAAAUUGCUUUUAUGAACUGGGUUACAAAGGCAAGUCUGUAUUAGCCCACAUAUCGACCAGUUCCUGCCCAAAUUACCCAGCUUGCUCAACCUUCUGCUUUACAAAGUAGCCUUUGAACUAAAUCCUGUUUUAGCCAAGCCUAAAAUAGUAAGAAGCAGCGAUCAGGGGGGCGUACUACCUGCUCUUUGGCUGAUGAAAAGCAAGGGGUUAAGUAAAUUGUCAUCUCCCAAGGAGGCAAAAACCCCUGGUUCAUGUUCAGCCUGGCAUCUGCUGUAACCUCAGUGCGUUUUGAGGCCGUUUUUGACAUCUACCAACGCGCUGGCAUCAAACUUCAGCCGGCGUCCGCGCUGCGAACCCGGACGGCGCUGUCAUCGCGCCGCGCUACGCACGAGAUCCAGAGUAAGCGAUCCGGAGCUCGCCGGGAUGGUAAAAACUUUUCACACCAUAUUGGAGGUCGAGACCUGCCCCGAAAGUAUCGGUGUAGCAGAUUCAGCAAAAACUGUCACUUGAAGUGGGGGGGGGGGGGGGGGGGGGGGGACAGAGAAAACUCACCAGCAGCGUUUUGAGUAGGAGAAGGAAAGCAAGCGUGUGGCGAGGAGGAGGGGUGAGGAGCUGGCUUGAGCUUUAGGGUGCCGUCCCAGCGCCGCCGCUGACCUGUGAGGUGACGCUGGGCAGCUUCCUCCUUUGUCUGUGUGCACCAGAAGGGCUCUGAGCGGGGACUGUCUCUCACUUCUGCUUUACGAAGUUCAAGAUUUGCAGCCACGUUGUUGGGCUCCACUUCUUGGAUUUGUGCUGUAAUGAGUAACGUUAGCUCGUUAGGGCUUCUACCGUGACUAGGUUUUGGCGCAGUCUCUGAAUUAUUUACAGAAAAACUAGGAUACUGUAUCAGAAUUUGCAUUUCAAAGAAUGAAGUGCAAAAAAAAAAAAAAGAAAAAGAAAAAAAAAAAACGCUGUUGCUUUUUAAGGGCUGACUACUAUAAGGUCCUGUCUGGGAACUCCGGGACGGGGACUGCCAAGGGUCCCACUCUAAAAAUAAUCCUGCCUCGAAUGACUUGCUUUUCCCUAGUGGCUCGAGUAAGAUUUCCUUAGUGAUGAGAAUGAGAGGCCACAGUAAUAAUAAUAAAACUUUAGAACUUUGGAGUCAGUAAUCUCAAGCCCUUUUCAAGGGCUCCUGCCCAGGGAGGAGGAGCGGCCCAUGCAGCGGAGCGAGCCGACUCGCUCGGGACACCUGAGAAAUGAAGACGUUUCCCGAGUGUCAACUGCAAUUCUAGCAAAGUGCCCGAGAAUCACGGAUAUUUCAGCAAAUACACAUCUUGAAACGUUGGUGAGGAAACGUUGAUUUUAUUGUGUCCUAACUCCUCCAGUAAUCCACUGGCCUUCCUUUAAUGAACUGCUACUUAUUUCUGCUGGAUUAGGGUUGAUAUGUCACAAUAAACAAGGAGAUUUUUCUAUUAAUGCGCUGAGCAGCCCAUGCAAGCACACUAAUCCUGUGCUCUCAUUGUUCUUACCAGCCCAACUUAAAUUGUGAUCAACAUCUGUGUUUACAGGGUGGGGGAUGGCUUAAGGGAUAUCCAUUCUGCUUUUUUACAAAGCGAGAGACAAACAAGCCUUUGGAGCUGGUUCUGUUGUUAGAGCUGUGUAUUUGUGGGAAGCUUAUCUGUUCACGAGACCAUCUGGAUUGUCCAGUGAAUACACUGUAAGUAAAUGUUCUGAAGUGUGGGAGUGAAAAAUACUCUGUGUAGGGAUGAAAAAUACAACCUUCUGUGUUUGCAAAGAGGGUCCCGAAGUGGACACAGUACGGCCCUGUUUAAAGGUUCCUUAUGCUGCACAGGCAUGUCAAGGAGAAUCUGUCCCUUUUGAUCUUUGUGGAUUUAUAUCCGUAUAGAUGCAAAAUAGCGGCAGGCAUCUAAUAACAGUGCUCAUAUUCUGAAGUGAGACAUGUAGUCAAAGGGAUUCUUUAUAAAUAAAUCAGGCUCCAGAAGCCAGCAGGC